GUAAAACCAGCAAUAUAAAGCCUUUGUCUAGGCUACAGAGAUCAGCGCCGCGUCGCCGUUCCAUCCGAGAAACCCAAGCCGUUAUACCAAGUGUUCAUCAUGAGGGAGAUUGUUCAUAUCCAGGCCGGUCAGUGCGGUAACCAGAUUGGUGCCAAGUUCUGGGAGGUGAUCAGCGACGAACAUGGCAUCGACCCAACAGGAACCUACCACGGGGACAGCGACCUGCAGCUCGACAGAAUCAGCGUCUACUACAACGAGGCUACAGGAGGUAAAUAUGUGCCCCGAGCUAUUCUAGUUGAUCUGGAGCCGGGGACCAUGGACUCAGUCCGUUCUGGACCAUUCGGACAGAUCUUCAGACCUGACAACUUUGUGUUUGGUCAGAGUGGUGCUGGUAAUAACUGGGCUAAAGGCCACUACACAGAGGGAGCAGAGUUGGUGGAUUCUGUUCUAGAUGUGGUGCGUAAGGAGUCCGAGAGCUGCGAUUGCCUCCAGGGCUUCCAGCUCACCCACUCUCUGGGCGGCGGCACUGGCUCUGGUAUGGGAACCCUGCUUAUCAGCAAGAUCCGUGAGGAGUAUCCCGACCGCAUUAUGAACACCUUCAGCGUGGUGCCUUCUCCUAAAGUGUCCGACACCGUGGUGGAGCCCUACAAUGCCACGCUGUCCGUCCAUCAGCUGGUGGAAAACACAGACGAGACCUACUGCAUUGACAACGAAGCUCUGUACGACAUCUGCUUCCGCACCCUGAAACUAACCACUCCCACUUACGGCGACCUGAACCACCUCGUCUCUGCUACCAUGAGCGGUGUCACUACGUGCCUGCGUUUCCCCGGGCAGCUCAAUGCCGACCUGCGCAAGCUGGCCGUCAACAUGGUACCCUUCCCACGUCUGCAUUUCUUUAUGCCUGGUUUCGCACCUCUGACCAGCAGGGGGAGCCAACAGUAUCGCGCACUCACUGUGCCCGAGCUCACACAGCAGGUAUUCGACGCUAAGAACAUGAUGGCUGCCUGUGACCCACGCCACGGUCGUUACCUGACCGUCGCCGCCGUGUUCCGUGGCCGCAUGUCCAUGAAGGAGGUUGACGAACAGAUGCUCAACGUGCAGAACAAGAACAGCAGCUACUUCGUCGAAUGGAUCCCCAACAACGUCAAGACUGCCGUUUGUGACAUCCCACCACGCGGGCUCAAGAUGGCUGUCACCUUUAUCGGUAACAGCACCGCCAUCCAAGAGCUGUUCAAGCGCAUCUCCGAGCAGUUUACCGCCAUGUUCCGACGCAAGGCCUUCCUGCACUGGUACACCGGAGAGGGCAUGGAUGAGAUGGAGUUCACCGAGGCCGAGAGCAACAUGAACGACCUGGUAUCUGAGUAUCAGCAAUACCAGGACGCUACUGCUGAAGAAGAGGGCGAGUUUGAGGAGGAGGGCGAUGAGGUUGCGUAAUAAGUAAAGCAGAGGCGAUCGAGAGAGGGCUGGGGAACGGGAGCAGGAUUCGAAAGGGAGUAGUGGUAUUUUAAAAGCGGGAGAAAAAUGUAGCACAGCACAUGCGGAAUUAACCGUACGUGUCUUGAAGUUAAAGUUAGCACUAGACAAAUGGGGCCAAAACAACCAGAGGAGUCUUGAACAAAUGUUCUUGAGCACAGAAUAAAAACAAUAGUAGUAACAGUUAUUCAUUGCGAUUUUUUUCCUUUACCUUAACAAUGUCACAUCAGGAAAAGGCAUGAUGUAGUCUAGUCUCUCUUGCCUACAUUAAGUUUGAUCCGACCUUAGAAGAGAUUUUUUGGUGCUAAAAUAACUUGAUAAUGGUUUAAAACCUAGGUUUUGGAAAGCGGCCAUAUUGAUUGGCAGAGCUGUAUAAGCUGGAUAACACUAAAUAAACUAUACACGCAUCUAAACGGUGAAGCUGUGAUAGAGCCUGGGGGAAGGAUCCUUAAUGGUGGUAUGAGUGUUCAGAUGCAUCAUUCAUUUUCUUUAUCCUUUUUUUUUCCUCUUUUAUUUUAAACUGUUUUAACACAUGUGAAAUGUGAAAACCCCGAAACAGAUUGAGGUCCGAAAGAUUCUUAAAGUGUUUGUGUAUUCCUCCUAGCGUGAGCGGUGCACUACAAUGGGACGACUUUGCACAAUGAUGCCACUUCAAAAUGUCCUUAUACACAGUAUUCAGUCAAAUGGUUUACAAAGAGAGGAACAGGGUUUUAUGGAAUGAUGGAAAGGAAAAUCAGAAGUGCAGGAACAAAGGGUGAGAUUCAAACCCGAGAGCGAUGUUUAGUCUCCCUGCCUGGACGCCAGCCAACGUCUGCAGAGGGGAAGCCUGGACACCAUGGGUGGUACAAGAAUUUAGAACGGAUCACGUGAGAACACUUGAACUUAAAAAAAGACCGAUUUUAGAACAUUAAUAAGAAGGAACUUUUUUUGCCAUAAAUCUAAAGAACGUGCGUCCUGUAUCUGAGCCCAAAGCUUUUCAAUUUGUUUUUGGCAUGUUUUUGUUUCUUUUUUUCAUCAGGAAGUUUUAAGAAUGUCUUUUACAUUUUUAUACUUCGAUUUCCUAAUGGAAGGACCUGAGCCUCUGGGAAAAAAAACAAUAAAAUAAACAUAAAAUGC